CUGACACAUUUGCGAAUUCAUCAGCUACUACCCUUCUUCGCCAUACCUGCAGUGUACCACUGUUACAUCAUACACUUGAUAUCAGAAAACCCCAGUGCUAGAUAUGAAUGUCAGCGUAGCACCGCAACUCUCUGACAUGUCUGAUACGACCACAAACUUAACCGUUGGAAACGAAACUGAAUUAUUGAACAACAACGGUACAGGUUUUGAUACUGGAGCCAGCAAAACAAUGCGAAUUGUGUAUGUGGCAAUUGGUGCGAUCGGAACGAUCGGGAACGUCAACGUGUUAAUAGUAAUGCUCAGCCUUAAGUAUCUUUGUUCAAAGACAACAAACAAAUUCAUAAUUCAUCAAUCAUUUAUCGAUUUAUUAUCCUCUUUAGCGAUAAUUAUGACUUAUUUAAUUGAUAUCAUCCCUGUCAGCUCAAAUGGAGUAGUUGCGCAUUUCGUUUGCGUCGUGGUGCAGUCGCAUUUUCUCGUUUGGGCAUUGGUGUCGACUUCAACCUAUAACCUUAUUGCCAUGACGCUGGAGAAAUACAUCGCAGUGGUGUACCCAUUCAAGCACAAACGCAUUUUCACAAAAGGGAAGACAAAGGUUAUUCUCGGAUUGGUUUGGCUCAUUGGACCGUCAUUUUUCUCAGCUCUAGCUAUAAGUACAACUUAUCGCGAUGGUGAAUGUGGUGUGUAUGCUACAUUUCGUACAAGACUUUUGAUCCAAAACAUUUAUAGUUACUGUAAUUUUGUGAUCAUGUGGUACAUUCCACUUAUCAUCAUGGCUGUUUGCUAUGGGAGAAUGGCUUGGUUUCUGCAUACCAACACAAAUUUAAACGUCGGUGCAGCGUCGGAUCUGCGACGUCUUAACCUGAUACAGGCUCGACGCAACACCAUCAAAACCUUGAUUUUAGUUGCACUUCUUAAUGUAAUUUGUACCUCACCAAAGCAGAUAUUUGAUUUCCUCUUUCUGUCUGGGGUUCCACUUUCACUACAAGGCGACUUCUACAACUUUGCUGCCGCUGCAGUUUUUAGCAACUGCGCAGUUAACCCACUUCUGUACUCGAUUCAGUUUCAAGAUUUCAAGAAAGGUGUCGUUAGGCUGAUCUGUUGUAAACCUGGCAUGCAAACAGCAUAAAGAGACAAUAUUGUGACAACACAUCGUCUAUUGAACCAAACCUAGCGAACCUAGAGGAAUACGCACCUCAUGAGGCAUUAUCUGAACUCUCAAGUAUCACAACUAUCGUGGUUUCUUUUCCAAUAUUACUUGUGACAACGUUGAUCUUACGAUGAUUAGAUACCUAGAUGUGCCAGAAACCUACAAGAUCCCGGGAAAAGGUACAUCACGUCAAUUUAGCAAUGGCGAUCAGAUUUAGAUAAAGCUAAACAUUUAUUCUUAACAUAUUGUGAUGUAAAGGAUAAAUGUAUUUAUGAAUCCUAUUUAAGUCAUUCGAUUAACACUAGGUUUUACAUAACAAAGCUGAGAACAUUCAAUCAUAUAAUCUCCCUUUAGAGACAAUGAGAUGCAUGAAAUGACAAAAGGUUUUAGAAACUAGGACUACAGAAGAUGAUUUCCUUGACAUAUAUUUCGAGUAAACAACCAAAUUACCGUGAAAUGUUAAGUGUUCUGUGAAGUAAAUUAAUGGAGAUUAUUGGUAGUUAAUAUUUAAAUUAAUUUGUAUUAUUAUUGUAUGUCCUUUGUGUUGUCCAUAUUACUGUAAUACCACCAAAGAAAUCCAUUAAAAAGAGUUAUUGUACGC